AUGAAAUAGUAACCUAUUUCUUCUAAUAUGCCUCUAAAUUCUUAAUCUUUUAAGGUUUACUUUAAAAUUCAUUAUCACACUAUAUCUGGCAAAGCAAUAUACAUAGUUGGAGAUAAUAAAUAGUUUGGAAAUUGGAAUCCAAUUAAAGGAAUUCGCUUAUAAUGGAAUGAAGUAAAAAAUACCUAGAUAUAAAUUAUAAGAAUGAUGAAUGGACUGUGUGCAUUAGAAUUGAUAAAUCUCAAUAUUAGAAGAUUGAAUAUAAAUUUAUAGUGAAUAAUUUUGAUAAUCCUACAUUAUAGGAUACAAUUUGGGAACCAGGAGAAAAUAGAGUAAUAACUACUCAUAUGAUUUAAAAUGAGACUAAAUCUGAAUAUUUCAAUUGUAUUUCGAAUAAUCAAUUAUAAAAGGUGAAUAUUGGGGCUAUAGAACAAUCAAAUUAAAAUUAAAUUACAAUUUAGUUUUAAAAUAAAGGAUGAUGGUAAUUGGCUCUAUAGAAUAAUUAGGCCAAUGGAGUCAUCCUGUAUUAAUGAAUUGUUAAUAAAAAAUAGAUAUAUGUAUUUUUAAUUCUUAUUUUAGUGAAUGAUGAACCAGUUUAAUAAUGGUCUAUUUCCUUUAUUGUUGAUCCUAUGAAUUUUUCUUUUAGAUAUUUUUAUGUAAUUAGAAAUGAUGAGAAUGGAUCUAUGAUAUGGGAAAGAGGAAAUGGUAGAUAUCUAAAAUCAAGUGAUUUAAGAUCAUUUAGAUAAGUUCAAACUGCAUUUGCUAAAUCUCCUAUCAAAAUUAAAACUUAGUUAUUAACAGCAUGCUAAAAUUAUAGAUAAUAAAAAUUAAAAAAUGGAUCCUUUUGUUCUGAUAAGCAAUUAAAAAUAAAUAAAGAAACUAGUAUAGGUUAUUCCUUCUCAGAUAAGGAACCUUCUUUUUUUUAUUAUGAAUCUUUUGGAAGACUUAAUAAAUUAGAUUGGAAUUUUGUAGUCUAAUUUGCUAUUACUUAGAUCAAUGAAAAUAUUAUUAUAGGACCUUAUCCUCAAAAUGAGUAAGAUAUUCUUGUAUUGAAAUCUCAUGGAAUUAAAGCUGUAUUAAAUCUACAGACAAGAUUAGAUAUUUAUCAUAGAGGAGUCGAUUGGGAUGAGAUACAAAACAGUUAUAAAAAAAAUGAUAUUAUUAUGAAGAAUUUUGAAAUUUUUGAUAUGGAUCCAAUAGAUUUUGAAAGAAAAGCUUUCAAAGCAGUUUAAAUAUUGAAAAAAUUAAUCAAUAAUUAUGAAUUUGUUUAUGUACAUUGUACUUCAGGUAUUGGAAGAGCUCCAUCACUUGUAGUAUUAUAUUUAUCAACAGUAUUAUAAAUUCCAUUGAAUGAAGCAAUUACAUUUGUAAAAAGUAAAAGAGAGCACUUCUAUAUCAACCAAAGUAAUAAAUAUAAAAUGUAUAAUAGAUAUGUUGAAAAAAUCAUUAUAAAAAACAACCAUUUUUAAUAAUGGUGAGGGAUAUGAAGAAAUCACAAUAUUAAAUUAAUUUUAAAUUGGAAGUCAAACCAAAAUUUAUGAAUAGAAAUUUGAUUAUAAUUUACUUUAUUGA